AAUUUAUAACUACUACUAAUACAAGACAAUCCAUCUUUCAGUGGAUUGUGAAUCAACAUUUUCUGCUCUCUUCCUUUCCCCGCUCCACCAACCCUCCGAGAAAAGUGCGCUUACUCGUCCAUCAGAAUGCCUCGUACACUCUCCAAUCUGAAACGCAAGGAUCUCUUCCAAACACAGGGGUUCAUCGCUCAUCAAUGGGUCGAUUCCACCAGCGGAUCGACCUUCGAGGUCCGCAACCCGGCCACGCUGGACCUCCUAGCCACCCUGCCAGAAAUGAACGCGGAAGACACCAAUCAAGCCGUCCAAGCCGCUUACGAGGCAUUCAAGACCUUCAAGAAGACCACAGCCCGCCAAAGAGCCCAGUGGCUACGAAGAUGGUAUACGCUCUGCCUCGAGCACCAAGAUGACCUCGCCCUCAUCCUGACCCUGGAGAACGGAAAACCUCUGGCCGAAGCCAGGGGGGAAGUCCUCUACGCUUCCUCAUUCCUGGAUUGGUUUGCCAGUGAAGCUGAGCGGACGUAUGGGGAGGUCGUCCCUCCUGCCAACCCCAGUCAACGAAUUAUCACGAUCAAAGAGCCCCUGGGGGUAGCCGCCUGCCUGGCCCCAUGGAACUUUCCCUUGGCGAUGAUCACCCGCAAAGUGGGUGCUGCCCUAGCAGCUGGGUGCACGACCGUUUGGAAACCCGCCGGCGAAACGCCGCUGAGUGCUCUCGCCCUCGCAGUCCUCGCCCAGGAAGCUGGCCUGCCCGCCGGCUCAAUCAAUGUGCUCACCACCCUCAACAAAGUCAACGAGGUGGGGUCCGCCUUAUGCGAGAACCGCUUGGUCCGCAAGCUCAGCUUUACCGGGUCGACACGUGUGGGUAAAUUACUCGCACAGAAGUGCAGUGUCAAUCUCAAGAAACUGUCGCUCGAGCUGGGUGGCAACAGCCCGUUCAUCGUCUUUGACGAUGCUAAGCUAGAGACCGCCGUGGAUGCCUUCUUGCUGGCCAAGUUCCGGAACGCGGGCCAGACCUGCAUCACGGCCAACCGCGUCUUUGUCCAGGAGGGCAUCUACGAUCGCUUCGCUGCCGCCUUGGUGGAACGCGUCAAGGAUUUGCGAGUCGGCAAUGGCGUGGUCGAAGGGGUGACCAUCGGCCCUUUGACGCACGAGCGCGCGGUCGACAAGGCUGUUAGCCACAUCAACGGUUCGUUCAAUUCAUGCCGGUACAUUGUCGAAGCUGCUAAUCUGUGUCUAUGGAACAGAUGCCACCUCUAAGGGCGCCUCCGUCCUGCUGGGCGGUGCUCCCUGUCAACCUG